UGUCCUUUUCUAUAAGCAGCUUUAGUCUUGGUUGUCUACAUGAGAUAGGAGGAAGAAUAUGCACUCCAACCCCCUUAGCCAGGACCAAAGUGGGUUAGGCUAUUAUAUAAGCCCUUCUGGGGAGGGGAGGAGGUCUUUUAUUUUUGUGGCUUUUGCAGCAGCAGCAACAGUGGCUCAGGUUGAUUUAGAAUAUGGAUGACAGUGGCCUGGCUCCAGCCCAUGACUGACGAAAGCUGCUUAUCCCUCUUGGUUACCAUGGAGAUGAGCAGUAGCAGCAGCAGCAGCAGCAGCAGGAGCAGAGAGGCUGUCAGGGAGAGAAUCAGCAAUCAGGCAUCUGUGGGGGUCUGCAGGAGGAAGGAGGAGGCAGAAUCGGGGACACACAGAGCAGACAUGGACUUGCAUUGUGACUGUGCAGCCGAAACUCCGGCAGCAGAGCAGCCCUCCGGGAAGAUUAAUAAAACUGCUUUCAAAUUAUUUAAGAAGAGGAAAUCGGGUGGCACCAUGCCCAGUAUAUUUGGGGUAAAAAACAAAGGGGAUGGGAAAAGCUCGAGUAAAACGGGGAUGGUGAGAAGCAAGACUCAUGAUGGAUUAGCCGAGGUGUUGAUGCUGGAAAGCAGCAAGAAGGAGGAACCGAACAGCGGUGGGGGCAGUGCUGGUGGCGGCAGCGGGGACCGGCUGAACGCGGAUACCCACCCCAGAGCUGCAGUGACCAGUGUGAGUUCUUUAGCCAACAGCUCCGUGGCUAAGUCGCACAGUUUUUUCUCGCUGUUGAGGAAGAAUGGGAGAUCUGAGAAUGGCAAAGGAGAACAUGCAGAUCAAAACAAGGCUGGCAGCAAACAAAAGAAAGGGCUGAAAGGGAUCUUUAGCAGUAUGCGCUGGCAUAAGAAGGAUAAACAUGGAAAGGAAGAGGAAAAGGAGGAACCCUCUGAAAUCCAGUCUAGCCUCAUUCUACCUGGCUCGCUAACAGCCAGCUUGGAAUGUAUCAAGGAGGAAAUUCCCAAACCUUUGUGUGAACCUGAAAACCCCACCAAGGAAAUUAGAAAAGAGCCAUCCUGUGAGUUCCGGGGGGGAGAAGAGGUGAACGCAUCAGUGGACAAGCCUGAAGUGAGGAAUUCUGGGGAGUCACUCAGCCCGGUGUUACAUAACAACAAAAACACACAGAGAGAGGAUGCCACUGGGCAUCGGCAUGAGGAGAGGCACCGAGAGUCGCGGGAGCCCGGGACUGGGGAGAUCCGGACAGCCCAGGAUACAGCUAGAACAGGUGACGUUCCAAUAAAGACUAUCCCCCUUGUUGAACCUGGGUGUAACAGUGGCCCUGACACUGCCGUCCCUGACCCUUCCUCUAUUGAUCCACCCUCAGAGCCAUCGAUUGAUCGUAUUUGUUUGAUGUUUGCUGACGUCACUUCACUGAAAAGCUUUGACUCUCUUACAGGCUGUGGAGAUAUUAUUGCGGACCAGGAGGAUGAGGCAGGUGCCAGCUGCGACAAGAAUGCCUCUGGGACCAGCAAGCCAGCUCCCUCCAAAAAGAACCCCAACAUGGUGGCCUACCAAGGAGGAGGAGAGGAGAUGGCCAGCCCAGACGAAGUGGACGACACCCACCUCCAGGAAUUUUGGGAUAUGUUAUCCCAGACAGAGGACCAAGAAGCACAAGAGCCCCAAGGUGUCACAGCCAAGGCAGCAGCAGGAGCAGCAGCCAAGGAAACCAAGGGGAUGAUUCCGAGAAGCCUCCUCUCAUCUAUUGAUAUGCAAGCUGACACAUAUACAAGAUGAGGCCAAGCAACCUACAGUUGCUCCAAAACAUUUUGAAACCUGGCGCAUUUAUUUUAACAGUGGCGGCCUCUGUGCUCUAGUUCUUGGGACUCUUUGCUGAAACUUGGCAACCCGGUCAUGGAUGAACAGAAUAUGCCUGUCUUCAGUAACGGAUAUUUUCUCCCUCCCACAACUCCCUUCCCAAUCUCUACCUAUUUCUCAAAGUGGACCAGAGAUAGAGAAUCUUCCCAUCUUGGCAUGACCUGGGCUGGCCACCUGAGGAGGGAGAUCCAAAAGUCCAGGGAAUGAAAUGACUUAAAAACCAUUUCCUGGCACUUCCGGGCUUCAGGCUCAAUGGGAAGACGCUGGUUUUGUGUCUGUGGUUAUAGUGCUUCCAACUCCUUCCAGAAAAAUCUGCUCUUCUUCUAUAGUUAGUAAGCAAACACUCUGUCUCCCUUUGAAGGUAUCUCCCUUCUUUUCUGAGAUUAACAUUUAACAUACAGACAGAAUCUCUUCUGUUGUCAUGGUAAUAGGUUUCCUGAUAGAAAUUCAGCCAUUCCGAACACGUUCCCCUUUUGUUUUUCUUCUCUCAGAAGCCCCUCCCAGGCUUGUCUCUGAUUCUCUGCAUGCUCCAGUGGUAACUAAUGGAGGCAUCCCCCUCGUUAAUGUAACUUGUAAUUGGGGAAAUGAGGAUCUGGCUCUUUUCAAAAGCCCUGCUUUCUCUCGACUGGACUCUCUACCGCCUCUAAAUCAUGGCCAAUCACAUUUUCUGAUCAGCAGAUGAAUGUGUUUUCUUUGCAACUUUAGGAGGUAUUUUCAAGGUCUAAUUUUGUUCUAAUUUGCUUGCAGCAAAGAAGCUGACUUUGUUUUUGAAUUGGAAGGACAAAAAUCAGCUUUUUAUGGUUGUGGCUGAUAUUUAAAUGAUUGCUGUUCAGUUCCCAGUGAUUUUAACCGAAAUGUUCCCAUUCCCACCCCACAAUGGACCCUCUCAUCUCUCAAUUUUUAAACUUUACUUCAAUAUAUAGAUGGAGCUGUGAUCUCAUUAAUAAACUCUCUUAAGAUGUGGAGGGCAACCCAUCUUGUCCAUUGGGAUGCCUGUCUAUAACUUCCCAUAAAUUGUGUAUAAGAGAAUUCAUCCAGUUUGCUGGGGAACCAUCUUUUAGUUCUCUUCACACCAUGUGGAUACCAAUCACUUCAUUUUUUCAGAGCCUAAUUUCCCUUUCCAUUGAAAUAAAAGAAUUGAACCAGAUGACCUCUAAGGUCUCUUCUGGCUCUCACUGGCUACCCCUUAUUCAUAGUCACAUGACUAUCCCACCUUCUCCAAUCAGGCUUUGCUAACAUCCUUUAUACUGCUUCUCUUGCCCAAUUUUUCAUUGGGAAUCUGUAGCAACCUACUCACUCCCAUCAUACAUCUUUCUGGUGCCUCUUGGGUGACCAGAAAUUUUUAACGAGUAGCUUCAGAAAGUUCAAGUUUCCCAGGGAAUGUUGGUUUGUAUGCAGUAGUAUUCUGGUACAAGUUUAGCAAGUAUUUCUCCUGAGGGAAGGGGGUGAGAAAUGCACCUGUGGCACACAUUAAAGUAUAAUCUGAAUUAUUAUUUUCUUUAUCCUUUUCUUAAAUCUGGACAAUUGAAACAAUAAAUCAAGCCCUGAUUUGUAGCAUUUAUUGAAUUCCAAGGUAUAAAUGUUACACUGAAAUGUUAACAAUAGGCUCUUAUGAGUGGGUUUGAGCUACCUCUAACAUACUCCUUGUUUAUAAUCUAAAACAAAUGAAAUCUUGGUUCAUGAGUGUGACAUCUGGCAGCUUUCUCCACUUGAGGUUUUUCCAUGUUGUCCAAAUUUACUAUCUUACUUAUUUACCAAUCAAUUUAGAAUUGUUGCAUCUAUACACAAACUUUAUAACCUUAUGCCCACUUCAGCUGCUAUUUAAAAAAAUCCAUGAAGUAAAUAAAAGAUAUUGAAAUUAGUUAAUCCACAGGUAGAAAUACUGAAGUUCUUUUCAGCUGUUAUCUUCAGAAGCUAGAAGCAGUAUGGUAUAAGAAAGAGAGCACUGGAAUUGAAAUCAGGAGACCUGGCCUCUUGUCCUGGCUCUGCCACCAGCUACCCAUCUGGGACACCAUUGACCAUCUGCUGAAUCUCUGAUCCUCAGUUUCCUCAUCAGUAAAAAUGAAUGGUUUGGACUAGAUGAUUAUUAAGCUUUCUUCCAGUGAAGCAUCAAAAUUCCAUGAUUCCCCCAAAUUUUUAUUUUUGGUAUUUUACCUGGCAAUUUGCCUUGAAUCCUUUAGAAUACAUUUUGCACAUAGUAGAAUGUAAAUUUUUGAAGGCAAGGAAAUUUUCAUUUUCAUUUUUGUAUUUUAUGAAUUAAUUUGUAUGUAAUUUGUAGGACAGGACAAAUUUAUAGUAAAUGAUUGCCAAAUUAAUAGCUGCCAUGGUCAACAAAGCAAACAGUACAACUAAACCUGAGUUCAGUACUUUCUUGGGGCUUUCCAUACUGACUUGGAGCCUUGCUCAAACCUCUUUUUAUGAAGUAUGUUUGAAAAUGUACAUCAUUAGUCAGUUAGUCAAUAAACAUUUAUCAAGUUACUACUAUAUGUCAGGCCAUAUGCUAACUACUGAGGCUUUAAAGAAGUAAAUCACAUUCUCAGCCCCUCAGAAGCACAGACUAAUGGGAGAGACAACAUGCAAACAACUAUAUCCAAAUAAGAUAUAGAAAAAAUAAAUAGUAAGUAAUCAAUGAAGGGAAGGAACUAGAAUUAAGAAAGAUUAGGAAAACCUGGCUUCUUAUAGAAGGUGGGAGUUACAUUCCAGAGACCCCCUCAAUAGGUGAAAAUCCACAAAGUGGACAAGGAGAGAUGCUGAAUAUAUGGGCACAGUGCCAGAGAGCAAACAGAUUGAUGCUACAGGAUACAAAGCAAAGCACUGCAGUUGGUUACCUUUCAUUCCAUCAGCCAAUUGUGUGCCAUAUACAAUCUUAAGUUGGCAAACUUGCACAAGUGGUAGUAGCAUACUGCAUUUUCAUUGUGUACAGUAUGGUAUUUAUCUUCAAAAUCCCAUAAUAUAGCAAAAACUCCAUGAUAUAGAAUUACAUAUAUAUAUGUAUAUAUUUUUAAACCCGUAAUAUAAUGAAGCCAUGAUAAGUGAAUCACAAAAUAGUGAGGGAUGACUGUACCUCCAUUAGCAUCUAUCUUAAGACCAAUUUAUCCCAGUACAUACACACCACUAUAAUGUCUUUUUUUUCUAUUUUUUUUCCUAAAAAUAAAUCAACCAAAUAAGUAAUGGGAAGAGUUAAUCUAUUAAAACUCCUUUAUAAGAGUUUUCUGUGCAUCUGAUUGAAUAUGUCAAGUGUUGGGGGAUUCAGUUAUAGUUUCAAUAAAAGUGGCAGAGGAAAUUGGUUUUUGACAUUUCAGAGAUGUUAUUAAUUUUUAUUCUACAUUAUUUACCUGAAAUAUCAUUUUUAGAGAGAUUAAAUUAUUUCAUUAAGGUCCAGAACCUAACUCGAUUUCUGGUCCAUUGCUUCUUCUAUCCUAGAUUGAGAAUAUAAAUAGAGGAAUUUGCAAGAUUUUUCCCCCUUUUAUAAUCACCUGUGAAAAGUUGUUUUGAAUGGCAGAAGCCGUCUUAGCUUAUAGCUACCAGAUCUGCUCAUUUGUAAUUUUUUUUGUAAAAAUAUUUUACUUUAUCAAUUACAUUGAAUAAUUUUCCAAAUAAGUUUUUUUAAGUUAUCUGAUCCAAAUUGUCUCUCUCUCUUCCUUCCCUCUCCUUUCCCUCCCCCUUCCUGAAAGUGAUAAGCAAUUCAAUCCAGGUUAUACAUGUAUUAUCAGGCAAAACAUACUGAUAUUUUUUUUAAUUAAAAUUUUUUUUAAUUUUUUAAAAAAAUUUUAAAAAUUUUAAAUUUUAAAACUUGAGUUUCAUCCUUAUGAAUGAUCUGAAGAUUAUACAGGGAUUUCCAGACUUUUGGGGAAGAUGUUGACCAACAAAGCCCAAAAUUAUAUGUUCUCAAUGUCUGCUUCAUUUCCCACCAAAGUCAAGUAAUACACAGGAUUGUAGAAUCAUUUGAUUAAGAAACAAUUUAGACUUAUUUUUACAGAUGAAGGAAUUGGGGUUCAGAGAACCUCAGAAAUGACUUAACUCAAGAUUAUUAAGCUUAUUAGUAGCAGUCAGGAUUUGAAAUCCAGGCCCUCUGAUCCCAGAAGAGCUCUUUUGACUCUACUACAUUGGUACAGUAGACAACUGUGAGUUGGUGGGGUUUUUUGUGCAAAGAAAAUUAAUGGUUAGUUGGUUACCAGAUACUCUUUUUAUAGUAGUCUGACUAUAAUCACCAAAUUUUGGAAAAACCACCUGGAAACUUUGGAAAAAAUCCUAGAAAAGCGGUCUUUCCCAGUAUAUACAUUUAUAAAACUCUCUCACAGAAUGGCAUUUUUUCUCCAAAGUUUGAACAUUUAUAAAUUGUAGAAAAAAAUUUAAAAAGCAAUAGAUGCCUUUCUCUCUCACCCCAAAAGUUUGAUAAAAAAAAUCAAGGUUUAUAUUUUAGAACCUCUAAGUCUUUUAUUUGGGUGCUGUUAGUAUUUCUGAUUCUAGUGCGUGAGCAUCAGUCCCAUCAUGUGCUCUGGGUGAAUAGUACUUUUCUUAUCACAUUCAGACCUCUUAAAAUGAAAAUGAAUCACUGUCAUUUGAUUUGGCUUGAUUAAUCCAACCAAUAAAUUCUGUUGUCACUUUGCA